AUGUCAUGCAAUUCUGACCUUCAUACCUGCCCCAACAGCAGCCAUCUAGAGGCAGCAGAAGCCCUCGCUGCUGCGCAGUCUAGAUAUGUCGCCAACAACCCGCUCUCCAAGAAGCAACAUGAACUGGCCGUUGAGUCGCUGCCAGGCGGCAACACCCGCACCUUGCUACACACUUCCCCGUUCCCCCUUUGCAUGAAGCAUGGAAAAGGCACUUUUGUGUGGGACGAAGAUGGCCACAAAUACACCGACUUCGUGGGCGAGCUCUCCGCCGGCCUUUAUGGGCAUUCUCACCCUGUCAUCCGCACCGCCAUUCUCUCUACUUUUGACGAAAUUGGUCUUUCCCUCGGCUCCACCACCACUUACGAAGCCCGCUACGCCUCCCUUUUGUGUCAACGCUUCAAGCUCGAGCGAGUACGCAUGACCAACACCGGUACGGAAGCAAAUCUCCAUGCUCUGGCGGCUGCUAGGCACUACACAGGGAAGAAGAAAGUGGUGGUGUUCAACGGCGGGUAUCACGGUGCUUGUUUCUCUUUCGGGGGAGGUAAGGCGGCACCGAAUACGGCUGACAAAGGCGAUUUUGUGGUUGUGCAGAAUUACGGGGAUGACGAGGCAGCUGCUGAGGCAAGAAGAGUCAUUGAGGAGACGGCGAGGGAGGGUGACCUGGCUGCAGUGUUGGUAGAGGGAAUGCAAGGUGCUGGGGGGUGCCUUCCGGGCAGCAAAGAGUUCCUGUUGGCGGCACAGGAAGCGGCAAAGAACACUGGAGCAGUCUUUAUCCUGGAUGAGGUGAUGACUUCCCGGCUGGCACCCAAUGGGUUAGGACAGGAGCUGGGACUGAGCCCGGAUUUGGUCACGCUGGGCAAGUACCUGGGUGGUGGAUUCAGUUUUGGAGCUUUCGGAGGAAGGAAGGAGAUCAUGGACUCAGUCUAUGAUCCGAGGGUGAAGGGCAGUUUGGCCCACUCGGGCACUUUCAAUAACAAUACCAUGACGAUGUGCGCUGGGUUUGCAGGGCUGAACCAGGUGUUUACGGAGGAAGUCUGUGUCGAACUUAAUAGGGUGGGAGACGACUUGAGGGGCAGGUUGAAUAGGUUGGCAAAGGGAACACGGUUGAGAUUUACGGGGAGGGGCUCGUUGAUUGGGUUGCACUUCAGGGAGAAUGGGACAUUCGAGAGCCAGGAGAAGGCGGAUUUGAGAAAUCUGUUUUGGUUUGAGAUGCUGGAGGAGGGCUUUUGGAUCACGAGAAGAGGGUUCAUUGCCAUGAUAUUGGAUACCCCUAAAGACGAGUUGGAUCGGUUUGUUGAUGCUGUGGGUAGAUUCUUGGAGAGGCAUACUGGCAUCAUGAUGGUGUAG